AUGAUUCCUAAUGGCCGAGAAAAGGAAUCCACCCCAGGGCGCGUCAAAGGAUGCGCGGUGCAGCUGGACGCAGACGAGACAGAAUGUGCCCAGUACGUCCUGGAUCCUGCUGGGCUGCGGGUGGGCUGCCACUUCACGGAACUGGGCCAACCCAAGCGCACGGACAACUACUUUUUCCUGCUGAACGGGACCAGCAGCGAGGCGCCCGUCCAGUUCACAGACUUUGCUCCGCUGGUGGCCUUUAGGAUCGAAAAGUACAACCCGCCAGCCAACGUCACCGUGGGCUACGACAGAUCCAGCCGCAGCCACGUCGUCCGCUGGGACAAUCCCCGGAGGAGGUUCGACCUGGCCAGCAGCACCUUCCAGUACGAGCUGGACGUCCAGAGGACGAGCGGCUUCCCCAGGCGGGACCCCGUCCUCCUCCGGGGUCAACCCGAGAACGUCUACCUGCUGCCCGGUUCCGACUCAAGCGCCGAGAACACCCUGCGCCUGAGGGUCAAGCACCUGCGUGGCGAGAUCUGGAGCGAGUGGAGCCGGACGCUGCGUUUCGGCAACCCAGCAGAGGGACAUGGCAGCGUCCCCAUGACCCUGGUUGUGCCGCUGGUGGGGGCAGCUACCCUGUCCGCUGUGGUCCUGAUGUUCCUGUGCAAAAGGUCCUCGCUGUGGCGGAGGCUGUUCCCUCCCAUCCCCCAGGUGAAAGGGGAGGUGACCGGCGUCUUCCUGUCAAGCCAGGUCACCUGGGUAGAGUCCCGUCCUCCACCAGACUCCCAGGAACCCGAGGAAGUCCUGGUUGUGGAGGAAUCACCAUAAUCCGCCUGUGGACGUGCAGAGAGUUCCAUUUCAACACCACCAUCCUCUUCCGAAGCUGCCCUUCCCCAGGGACUUCACGGGCUUAUGAGCAUCUCCUGCCUUGAUCUCCACCACCUCCAGCCAAGCCUGCCAGCGAAGCUUGUUGGCCAGUGAUGCCCAGAAUGCUGGCUCCGUCACCAGGGAAAAGAUCAACCACGAAGAGGGGCACGUGGUGCCCACCGUGAUCCCGGCAGCUCUGGAGGCUGAGGCAGGAGGACGGCAAGUUGGAGGCCAGCCUCAGCCACUUAGCGAGGCCCUGUCUCAAAAUAAAAUAUUGAAGGGUCUGGGGAGGUGAAGCACUCCUGAGUCCAUCCCUGGUACCAAACAAAUACAAUACAACGG